AGCACUGAUAGGCGGCACUGAUAGGUGACACUGAUGAUGGGUACCGAUAGACGGCACUGACUGGCAUCACUGCUGGGCACUGACUGGCGGGCACUGACUGGCACAACCGCUGGACACUGACUGGUGGCACUGACUGGCAGCACUGGUGGGUGGCAAUGGUGGGCAGCACUGGUGGGUGGGCACAGGUGGGUGGCACUGGUGGGCACAGGUGGGUGGGCACAGGUGGGUGGCACUUCUGGGCACAGGUAGAGUGGCACAGGUGGGUGCACUGCUGGGCACAGGUGGGUGCACUGCUGGGCACAGGUGGGUGAUCUGCUGGGCACAGGUGGGCG